AAGCUAAUGUUAAAUUCAUCCGGUGCAAUCUGAUGUCACUGCAUCUCCAUCUCGGGGGUUUUUCCUUCCAACCUCUUUACAGAUACACACACACAAACACACAUACACAUAAACACAUGUCCACACACUCAAACACACAUAUCCAUACAUCCUAGUACACACACACACACAUAUAUAUAUAUACACAACAUGCAAGGUGGUUCGCGUACGUUGAGGUGUGUCAUUGUGUAAACAAAAUGAGGGAAAAACUGAAAUGUCCUUUGCUGCCCACUUCUUUAUGAAUGGGAAUUUGAUUUGAUACCAGUAAUUUCCACAGUUGCCUGACCUGCCACAGCACGUGUCCCACUUUUGCUGCAUCUGUUGUCCAGCUUACAUAACCGUUGCCCUGCCUUGCCACACCAGUUUUCUUCAGCAGCUGUACGACUUACCACACAACGGUUGUCCAGUUUAUCAUAGUUAUCGUCGUCCCACCUUCCUAUAGCAACGUCUCCACCAUACCUUGACCAGCGGCUGUUUUCUGUUUUGGCCUAAAACACCAGUUACCCAACGUUAUUACACCGAUAAUGUAGCUUCCCACACAAAUAUCCCCAACAAAACAGUUAAACCUCAUAACAGUGCCUAGUUGUUUAAUUUAAACUACCAUUUGCCUGAGUUACUCUGCCAGUAGUGCCAGAAUGAAUGACAUUGCAAAAGAUCGAUUUGACAACCAAAAUGGAUGUUAUCAGUUGGAAGAGGAUAACAAUCACACGUUUGAGGUGUCCUCUGAUGACAUUUGCAAGUUUGGCUUUUGUGACAUAGGCCUCAUUGUGGAACACGAACUCAUUGAGUGUCACAAACAGGUCCUGUCAGAAAACAGUCAGUACUUCAAAGCAAUGUUUGAAAGUACUAUGAAAGAAAAAUCUCAAAAGACUAUAGACCUUAAAUGUGUGUCGCUCAAUAGUUUCAAAGUGAUUUUAGACUUCUGUUAUAGUAAACCAGCCCCUCUUCUCAUCGACCGCGACAACAUCUUUGAUGUAACACGCAUAGCUGACAUGUUGAAUUUUUCUGAAGUGUUCACAUUAUGCAAGAAUUUCUUAUGGAGUCUUGUAAGUCAGAACUGUUUUGAUGUCCUCAUGUUAGCCUCCACUUUGUUUAUAAAAGAGCUGCACAACUACUGCACUGCUUAUGUCCUCUGGAAUUUCAAAACCAUCAAAGACAAUGAAGAUUUUGUCUUCUUAACUAAAGACGAGCUACAGAACUAUCUCAGUGACAGCAGACUUAAUACAGUUUCAGAGCUUCCUGUGUAUAAAAGUAUUAUUACAUGGAUAAACCAUGAUCCCGGACAACGGACGAAAUAUUUCAAAGAACUAUUUUCAUCGUGUGUCCAUGUUGGUUUAAUGUCCAGUGAAGAAUUAGAAGUUCUUCAAGAAUCAGACCUGGUGAAAUCCACUCCGAAUGUUUUACAAACAGUCGAGUCAGCUUAUGUUGAUCAAGAUUCAAGUGCAGCAAAUAACGACUCAACUGGAGGUUCGAGGAGACCUUCUCAUCUACGACAGAUUCCUCAAGCGCUGUUGUGGGUUGGUGGAGACAAGAGCAGACUCUGCGAUAAACCGAGUCCCCAUUGGAAUGUAAUGAGAUGGGACGCUACUGCCAAAGAAUAUGUGAAGUUGGAUGAUAUGUACCCUGUGACAUCACCGGUGGAAGCUGACAUGGGUUACAGGGUGUGCAGUUUGGGUGUGGAGGUCUAUGUAUUGGGAGGUGAAGCUAAACUUGGAAGUAACAAAUGGCAGAUACAGACCUGGGCUUACGAUUUAUUAAAGAGGAAAUGGGUCAGAAAAGCAUGUCUCCUGCAACCCCGUCGGCACCAUGCUGUUUGUGUCCUUGACGACGACAUCUAUGUGAUUGGCGGAUUUACCAAAUACCGUGAGAUUACAGUCAGCGUCCAUUGCUACCAUUCUAACAAUGAUUCCUGGACAGUAUGUUCUGACUUAAUAAGACCGGAAUUUGCUGCUACGGCCGCUGCACUAAACAACAGAGUAUAUUUAUUGAAGACAUUGAUUAUCCAAUGUUAUAAUCCUUCCAGUAACCAGUGGACAAUCGUCACCACCGAUGUACCACCAGCAAUAACUCCUGGCUUUACUGUCAUGUCAGCUAUUACCGUUGGCAACUCACUCAUCGUACAAAGUGGCUACAACAACAAACUGUAUCUAUACGACCCCUAUGCUGAAGACCAGGACCAAGCAUGGACUGCCCUCGGCUGUUUCAAAGAUGUCUUUGGAAGCUGUGCAGAACUGGAUGGCAAAAUCUAUUGCAUGGGUAAUGACAGUAACCAUAUGGAAACUUAUGAUAUAGAGUCACAGACAUUUGGCAUUGAGAUGUCAGUCUCCUGCCAUUUAUCUCGAAGUUUCUUAGUAACUGUGCCGUUCUACAAGGAAACCAUGACAUAAAACAUUAAGCACCUUAAUGUCAUUUCACUUAAAAAUAAAAAUAUUUUUUGCUGUAAUUUUUUCACUUAGGAGAGCGCCAUAGAGUAGAAGGUAAGCUCCUGACAAACUUGGAGAUCAAGUUUCACUUCCAGAUCAGAGCUGUGUCACUUCACCUACAUCACUAGUACACUUGGAAGAGACAUGAACAUCACAACAUCCAUUCCCUUCAUAACAGUUUUACACUUCACGACCAUCACCUACAGAUGAUGGGAGAAGCCACUACAGAGAAUCUUCCCUGAAACAUUAUGAACAAAAUUGUAACAAUAUCUAAUAUCAAGCCAUAUCUGCCAGCUCUUUGACCAGAAUUUUCUACCAUUUAUUUUACGAGCUUUUUGCUUGUCAUGCAAUAAGACUUAUAUAUAUAUAUACAUAUAUAUAUAUAUAUAUAUGAUUUUAUAUUUGUGUGUGUAUAUAUAUAUAUAUAUAAAUAUAUACAUACAUAGAUACAUACAUGUGUAGUUUAUAUUAAAUUUGCCUUGCAAUACCUGUAAUUUACUAGGUGAAAUGCUUAUGAUCGUUAUUGUUAGAUCCAGCUAUGGUCAGAUUUACUGUGAAACGGAUGUUGUCAAGUCAAUAGAAUGAAGCAUUUUACUGUAUGGCUACUAUUAAUUGCUGUCUUUAAUGCAGGACAUGCUGUCCUACGAAUUUAGGGACUGAAAAGAUGUAGUCCCUACACUAAAUUCAGGAAUUUGUUGAGGCAAGGAAUUUUGCCUUUUACUGAGUAGAUUAACUGACUACAUAGAUGUUCCCUAACUGGUUGUUGUUGUUGUUGUUGUUGUUGUAAGUAAAAUGGUUUGGGUUUGCCUUCCUGCCAUUAAGAAAUUUUUUAUUUCAAUGUCAGAACAGAGAUAAUGACCAUCACCAACAAAUCAUGUGCUCAGUGUCCCCACCGUACAAUUAAAAGUCACCAGCACAAAACUGUUUAAUAUGAUUCUAUAUUUGUGAGAAGAGGAAUUUAUAUCAUGCAUAUUGUUUAUAUCAGUAGGACGGGUGACUUAAUCUUCAUUAUUGAUUUCACUGUAUUUCGGCUGGUGUGGAGGCGCAAUGGCCCAGUGGUUAGGGCAGCGGACUCGCGGUCAUAGGAUCGCGGUUUCGAUUCCCAGACCGGGCGUUGUGAGUGCUUAUUGAGCGAAAACACCUAAAGCUCCACGAGGCUCCGGCAGGGGAUGGUGGCGAACCCUGCUGCUGUACUCUUUCACCACAACUUUCUCUCACUCCUACUUUCUGUUUCUGUUGUGCCUGUAAUUCAAAGGGUCAGCCUUGUCACACUGUGUCACGCUGAAUCUCCCCGAGAACUACGCUAAGGGUACACGUGUCUGUGGAGUGCUCAGCCACUUGCACGUUAAUUUCACUUGCAGGCUGUUCCGUUGAUCGGAUCAACUGGAACCCUCAACGUCGUAAGCGACGGAGUGCCAACAACAACAACAAAUUUCAGCUGGUGUACAUUCCAGUCUUCAGGUGUCUUGGAUUGUAUUGAAAUUCUGAACCUAACCUUUUAUUUCAUCUGUGAAGGUACACAGUUUUCAUUCCCUUCUCUGUGUUUCGUGACAUGUUUUGUUUCAGUUGAUUUUUUUGUGAAUUACCUCAGUGCCUUGCAUCGUGGAGUAGAUAAAGAUGUUGGUUAAUGCGUUGCAAUCACCAACAGGUUCUGAGUUCAAUCCCAGGCAAAGCAAUAAGAUAUUCACAAAAAAAAGUCCACUGAAGAAAAAAAAUGUCAUGAAACGCAGAGAGCAGAAUAAAAACAAUGUACCCCCAUGGAUCUAAUAAAGAUUCAGGUUCAAAAUUCUAACACAGGUGAGUUCAACACAGAACACCUGAAGAUGGCUGAAGAGCACAACAGCCAAAACUGUAGUGAAAUCUGCAAUCAAGAGAAGGACACCAGUCCACUUAAUAUAAACAGGUAUACAUAACAAAACUGUUUAUUUUUGCAAUCCAGAUUCUAUUCCAUUGUGCCUAUCAAAGAUAUCUGUUGUUUGUUUCCACAACUGGCUUGCAAGACAUGUUAAUAGCAGAGUGAUGCACAUGACCUCUCAACCGGAAACAUGUUGGUAAGCUUGGGAACACACCUCAUGGUACUUUAUGGAAAACAUACAGUAAUCAGGGCUAUUUACAGAGUACAUCUGCUAUGGUGAUCUCAGCCCUCUGUUGAUUCAUUUUCUCUUUCGGCACUUUAUGGUGAAUUUCCUCUAUGGCAUUGGGGUCUUCUAUAUUUGCUAGCACUUUACAGAGCGCUUGUUUUAUGGUGGCCAUUUUUAACCUGCCUCAAUAAUUAAUUAUCACUAAUUACAGCUAAAAAUAAGUGUAUAUAAAUAACAAACAGCAAAUAUCAUGCAUUCAUUCUCUUUCACUUAACAUUUAUUUAUUUAUUGAAUUAAAAAAUAUAUAUACAUAC